UCCGCCUCACAAUUCAUUUGUUUGCACUCCCUUGAAAUCGCCAAGAAGGGUUUUGCAGAAGUUCAGUAGAAAUUUUCUUCCAAAUUCCCAUCAAAUUUUCUGAGGAAAAAAAAAAGAAAAAGAAGGAAAAUGUCUUCUCUAGGCACUUCAAAGGGUGUUCUUGAAAUUGUCAAAUUUGGUCUCUAUGUUGGAAUUCCUAUCGUUCUUAUGCACGCUUUCGCCAACAACACCAAGAAUCUCCAGAAAUUUAUGGGAAAUCGUUCCUAUGUCGUGUAUCCUCCAGAGGGACCAAGACCUCCAUCACCAGAGGAAUUAAGGGAGAUGGCUCGGGAGCUAGCUAGGAAGAAAAAUAAUCAUUGAUGCUGUUAAGACUGUAAGUCAUCUAUGUAGCCUUUUCAGUUAUACCUAUUACUAUUCCAAUAAACCAGCAUUGCUAACAUGCUAUAACAACUAUUGUGCUUUUUAUCUGGAAAAGAAACACUAUGUCUGGUUCAUAUAACAUUAAUGUUCGUAAUUUAAAAGACCAAUUUAUUGCUUUGCUUGCUCAUCUUGGAAA